ACAUAAGACAGGUUUUUGUAAAAUAUGGAGUUGUUGUAGAUGUUCUACGUAGAUAUGAAAAGGGAGAAUAUGGAUAUGGAAUUGUAAAAUUUAAGUACAAGAAUGAUGCUGACCGAGUUCUUCGGGAGAUAACAGAGGAAAAUAUUUGUGGUCAUCAGGUGGAAGUUAAAAGUGCCAAAAGAAAUGAUCAUAGCUAUGAUAACAAAUCUAAAUUUUGGCCUGCAAGUCAUCCAAGUCCUCUAUCAAAUGGAGUGCAAGAUCCUUAUGGAAUGAGAAACACUUGUGUUGAUGUACCAUAUCAGUUUAUGAAAGGUCCAUCAUAUAGUCCACAGGUUCUUUUACCAAAUGAGCCUUUUGCUUGUCAACAACCCACAAUGAUUGAAGUGUUGUGCACUAGCGUUGAAAAUGCUAUUACAUUUUAUGGCUGUCCUGUUUCUCAUACUGAUGAGUUAAGAAGUGUAAUUGCUAAAGUUAAUAACUUAUGCUCAAGCUAUGGAAGACUUGGAAAAAAGCCAACUUUCCGAGGUAUUUAUGCUGCUUUAUUUGAAGAAGACCAAUCAUGGUAUCGUUGUAUUGUUGUUCACAGCACUAUACCGUCUAAACCUGGAAUGUGCAGAGUAUUUUAUAUUGAUUUUGGAAAUCAGGAGGAAGUUAGUUAUAACAACAUAGUCAUGUUGCCUGAGGCUGCCCAAAAGAUUCCACCUUUGGCUGUCAGGUGUACUUUAACCAAUCUGGUGUGUGAACUACCUAAAGGGCCAUCAAAUGUCACAUACCUUCAUCAUUUGGUCAAUCAGCGGAUGUCUUUGAGUGCUUCUUAUAAUCCUGCUAUUCCAGAAUAUGAAGUUCACAGAUGUUCUUGUAAUGGAAUUGAUGUAAUAUCGGAGAUAGUAAAGAAAGGUUUUGCUAGCUAUAAAACUACAAGCACAUCUGCAAAAAGUCCUUGUACUGCUGCUAAACCUAUUGGAAUGAACUUGAAAAUGAAUCCCAAGGAUGAUAUAAAGGCUCCUAUGUCCAAUGGGGUGAAAUGCAAUGGAGUGCAUGUACCUAGUUCAAAAGAAAUCAAAGCUAAGCUUGCAGGCCCAAAUAAAACAAAUGACAAAAACAAAGAUACAAAAAAUAUCCCAGAGGUUAAGUCUAAAAAUUUGAAUAAGGAAGUUAAGCCUAAAACUACGAAGAAAAAUGAAACUAAAACCGAGAAUGCACCAAAAAUGAUCAUUAAACGUGGGAGUGAAAUUAGUGAAGUCCUUGGAACACCGCAACCUCCAGUAAAUUCCUCUGAUACUGUUAUUGAAAAAUCCUAUCUUCUUAAGAUGGAUUCUGUCCUCUCAAACUUGAAACUCACUAAUAAUAUUCGAGAUCUAGUUUCGUUUUCCACCGAUGACAGUAUCAUAAAUGAUGCUGUGAAAUUUUUAGUUGAUGAAAUGAAAAUAGAAUAUGUUGAGGAUCUUAAGGAAGAAGUACUUGAAGAAGCUUCAAAGAUGUAUUCAGAAAUUCUGGAUGAAAUACGAAAUUGUACUUCUCAAGAGCUUUUGACGGAAUUAAAAUCACGAAGAGAUUUGCAAAGAGAUGUUCUUUUUAAUGCAUUAAAAGAAUACAUGGAAAGCUUUGAUAUGUCAAUUUUAGAAAGAAGAACUUCAAUGCAGAAACUUAUAAUGGAUUUAGAGAGUAAUUCAAAUGCCUGGAUGAAUGUUUAUCUCGAAGGAAUGCCAGAAACAGUUAAGGAUCUUCUGUUAGAGUACCAGAAAAUUAAGGAUUCAAGAAGAACUUUCAUACAGAAUGCAAGAGAGAACUCGAAUGAAAAACAUAAAUAUUUAAUGGAUUGUCUUAAUGCACUUCAGCAGGAAUUUUUCUUGCAUAGUAGUUCUAAUGAGAGCACUGAAGCUAUUUCCAACCCUCCAAGCAUACCCAAAUCAACUACAAAAGAAACAUGGGUGUAUAAACUUGAGAAAACAUUGUCAGAAUUAGGAAAAGCUCUUGAAGCCGAAAUAGAAUCUUUUGCCUUGAGUAAAGGAAAUGGUAAUAUUUCAGUCAUACAAUGUAUCUUAGAUAAGUUGGACAUUCCAAAAGAGAAACUUGAUGUUAGGUGUAUGAAAUAUGAAAAAUAUCUUGAAAUGUACAAAAGGUUUGAGACUUUGCCCAACUUGGAGCUAAUUUUUUCAAAAUUAGCUACUGUCCAAGAAAAGAUAAAAAUCUUUCAUCAUCACUUAAUGGAUUCCCUUUUUGUUGAAAAGAAUGCUUUAAAUGAGACCUUUGAUGGUGGUUAUACAUAUGACAAAGGUAAAUCGGAUGUUUUGCAGGCGUUACAUGAAGAAUUGCUGGAGGAAGACGAGUUAAUGGCCAUAAUAACUUCUGCAUAUGAAACACAUUUUCCUGAGCUUGAUUUUGAACAUCCAGAUUUAAAAUUAAAAGAAUGCCAGUUCUCAAGAAACCUUCUGAAAAAUAAUUGGAAGUCUGUGUGGUUUUUGUGUGAAAAAUUAUGGCCAAAGUUAGAAUUUUCUUACCUUUCCUCCUUUCUAAAGGAACCUACUGUCAUCAAGGAGUAUACUCUGGAAGAUAAUGUGAGACAACGUUUUCUACAAAAAGCUGUCAUAUGGAAUGAUAUUAAAAGUGAUUUAUUGGUGAAAAUAAGUGCUUUAUUUUAUAAGGAUGAAAAGACAAUAUGUGCCAUAAUUCCAUGUGUUUGGAAUUCCCUUAAUGACAUGCCAUGUAUUUCUAUUCCUUCUGAAGGAACUAAAGCUUGUCAGAUUUUGCGACUUGUUCUGAAAGUAUUAAGAGACAUUCAUUCACAAGAGAUUUUUCAUGGUGCAUUACAUCCUGCAAGUAUUAUGUAUGAAGGAGGAAGGAUUUUACUUGAUUUUUGUUUUGAUACUAAUUUGCAAGGGAAAUCAAUAGUAAGAGGAUUAGAUUUCCAACCCCAGUUUUGUAAACAAGCUAGUGAAGAUAAUGAUAUGUAUUCUUUUGGUUGUUUAGUCCUUUGGAUGCUUUUCCCAAAUCUUUUAUUCACAUCGACGGAUGCUGGAGUUCCUGAUAUUUGUGCCUUCCGCAGCAUUAUCGAGGAGAUGCUGUCAACUAAUGAUUAUAUGCUCCUGUCAAACUUAGUUGGAACGGAUAUGAAUAUGAGGCCAUCAGCUAGUAAACUGUUAAAUUGUGGUUUUUUGAACGAUUAUGAAUCUUUUUGUAAGCAAAGGUGUGGCAACUUAUCAAAUAUGCAAUGAGUACUUAUAUUUCAGGGAAUCGAUCACAGGAAGGAUGUAUCUCAUGCAUAUCUAGUCAUUUGCUAGAUGCAAAGACAAGAGUUUGUUUUGCAAGUUUUUCUUUUAUUUUUCUCUUUAUUUUUUCCAAAGUAAAUUAAGAUUCUUUGUGCCAUUGAUGAAUAAUUUCCUACUGAAUCAAAAUAGUCAACAUUCCAAAGAUUUAUGUACAAACAUUCUCAAUAUAUAAUGCUUUUUUGUGAAGUUUUAUAUGUAUCGAGCAUUUAUGCUACUGUUAUGAUUCCUGCAGUUAAUAUUGUUUUUAAGAACAAAUCAAAAAAAGUAAUUUUUUUUUCUCCGUUGUAAUUACUGUUGAAGGGGAAAAACAGAACUGUGAUUUUAAGAAACUGUGAUCUUUUUUAAAUGUGUUUAUGUAAGAAAUUUUUUUGACUAUAUAUCUUUGUAGUAAAGCAUUGUUUCUCAAUAAAAAAAAAACU